CUCUCUCCAUCUUCUUCUUCCUCCUCUUCUGCGUCAAAAACCAGCUAUAGUUGGUAUUAUAUGACAUGGUAUAUAGUUGAUCAAUCAUAGGAAAAAGGGCAAGAAUUUAAUUAAUUCUUGGACCGACAACAAUCCUGCAAAAGGUGCUGUCGGGGGUCGUAGCGAAGACAAGUUUUUCUUUUGUUCCUUUUUAUUUGCAAUCUUGUUAGAAUUCUGUGUUGGUCGGAGAAGUGGAGGGAGGCGGCGGUGAGAUUCCUCUUUGGGAUGGGAGUAAGAGGAAAAGAGGAGACAUGACAUGGUGCAAUAUUGACUCCGACCAUGAUAGAACCAUGCAGUUAGUCACUGCGGCGGCCGACGCAGUUGAUGAAAUCAGAACCAUUACUUGCCCUUCCUGCGGCCAUAGCACGCCCUACCAAGAGCAGUCGGGAAUUCAUGAUCUACCCGGAUUACCGGCCGGAGUGAAGUUUGAUCCGACGGAUCAAGAAAUUCUGGAGCAUUUAGAGGCAAAAGUAAUAUCAGACAUUCGGAAACUUCAUCCUUUAAUUGAUGAAUUUAUUCCUACACUGGAAGGAGAAAAUGGAAUUUGCUACACUCAUCCAGAGAAGCUACCAGGAGUAAGCAAAGACGGUCAAAUUCGACACUUCUUCCACCGACCUUCAAAGGCAUACACAACAGGAACAAGGAAGAGAAGAAAGGUGCACACAGACGAGGAUGGAAGCGAAACAAGGUGGCACAAAACAGGCAAGACCCGACCUGUACUCAUCGGUGGCACGGUGAAAGGUUACAAAAAAAUUCUGGUGCUCUACACCAACUAUGGCAGGCAAAGAAAACCAGAAAAAACAAACUGGGUGAUGCACCAGUACCAUCUAGGCAACAAUGAAGAGGAGAAAGACGGUGAGUUGGUGGUGUCAAAAGUGUUCUACCAGACACAACCGCGACAGUGUGGCUCCAGCAUUAAAGACUCAAUCCCGAACAAGUUGAAGGGUGGUCAUGGAAGUAGCACUCAUACAGGUCUUGUUGAGUAUAAUUACAAUAAUAAUAAUAAUCCGUUUAUUUCAUAUGAGGUUCACCAUAAUAGAGAAAGCCCACCUCAGUUGAUUCCGAAUUUGGUUGUUCAAGAUGAUGGAUCUUCAUUUAUUCGAUUAACCCCCGAUACAAGCAAAGAGAAGGUUGUGAGGAAAUAGGGAAAGAUGAGAGCAUUUGUUGGGAUGGUGUUGUUGAAGCUGUUGUAGUGUAAUAAUCAGCUUCGUAAAUUAUUGGUAAAUUAGAAGGUAUAUUUUUUUUUUUAUGUGGGAAGAGGAAUGAGGAAUAAGAGGAAUGUCUUUCCUUUUUAAGGUGAAGAUGGAGAUGCAGAUGCUCUGAGAUGAAGGACUUGCAAUACCAUAAGGUUGAUCUCGCUCGGUAGUUUUCUGAAGAGAAGGAAUGGAAGAGCUGAUGCCCUAAUUUUUCUCCCAUUUACGUAAUUUUUUUUUCUUUUUGAAAUAUGUUGCUUUCUUUUAUGUUAUUUCUAAACAUGUUCCAUUUCAUUAUAGCAUAUAGCUGAAUUGUGUUAAGGUGGCUCUAUAAACUUCUUCUCUAGUUGUAGGUUUUAUUAUAAUUAUGUUCCGUCUAUUUUUCAAUUCAAAACUCAUGGCAUUUGUAAAACUAUUAAAUACCAUAUAUAAUU